GGGUAGAGGGGAUACUUGUAGCAACCUAAACACACACACACACACACACACACACACACACACACAGUCUCAUCUCCCAAAGGUUGUGCCAUGGCCAAACAGCACCAUCCGGGGACACAUAGGUCUUUGGGAGACCUUUAGUAUCCAAACUAUGUAUCGUCAGGAACGAAACACUUCUCUCAGAUAACUGCUAUUCAUACCCACUACUGGUAGAAAGAAAGAAAGUUUUAAAUUGCAAGAUCAACUGUAGAUCCUUAGUGAAGUUCUUUUGUUUGGGAGUUACCUGCAGAUCUGUGCUACUAGGAAAGGAGAGGGAAAUUCCCAACCGACUGCUACAAUGCCUUCCGCGCUAGGAAUCCCCCAGGAGUUUGUGCUGUGCGGCCAGUUAUAAACUUCUUCCGCAGCUCUGCAGUUCUCAGCGCUCAGAGAGAGGGAUGCCAGGGGGAAAGAAGUUGAUCCCAAGUGGCAGCAGCAGUGCGUCCUCGAACGCAGCCGCCACCACCGCCGCUGCUGCUGCCGCCCACUCUGGCACUAAAUGUUUGGAGACCACCGAAGGGGCCUCAGUACAGAGAGACGAAGAACCCGAAGAGGAAGGGGAAGAGGACCUACGAGAUGGAGGUGUCCCUUUUUUCAUCAACCGAGGUGGACUGCCAGUGGACGAGGCCACCUGGGAAAGGAUGUGGAAACAUGUGGCCAAGAUCCACCCAGAUGGAGAGAAGGUGGCCCUGCGGAUCCGUGGGGCCACAGACCUGCCCAAGAUUCCCAUACCAAGUGUGCCUACUUUCCAGCCGACGACGCCCAUCCCUGAGCGCCUGGAAGCCGUGCAGCGCUACAUCAGGGAGCUGCAGUACAAUCACACAGGGACACAGUUCUUUGAAAUUAAGAAGAGCAGACCUCUGACGGGGCUGAUGGACCUGGCCAAGGAAAUGACCAAAGAGGCUCUGCCAAUCAAAUGCCUGGAAGCUGUGAUCCUGGGAAUUUACCUCACCAACAGCAUGCCCACCCUGGAACGCUUCCCCAUCAGCUUCAAGACCUAUUUCUCAGGGAACUACUUCCGCCACAUUGUGCUGGGGGUGAACUUUGGGGGCCGCUAUGGAGCCCUGGGCAUGAGCCGAAGGGAGGACCUGAUGUACAAACCCCCAGCCUUCCGCACACUCAGUGACCUUGUGCUGGACUAUGAAGCAGCCUAUGGCCGCUGCUGGCAUGUGCUGAAGAAGGUAAAGCUGGGCCAGUGUGUGUCCCACGACCCCCACAGUGUGGAGCAGAUUGAAUGGAAGCACUCGGUGCUGGACGUGGAGAGGCUGGGGCGAGAAGACUUCCGCAAGGAGCUGGAGCGGCAUGCUAGAGACAUGCGGCUCAAGAUUGGCAAGGGGACAGGCCCUCCCUCUCCCACCAAGGACCGGAAGAAGGAUGUUUCCUCCCCACAGAGGGCCCAGUCCAGCCCCCAUCGCAGGAACAGCCGCAGUGAGAGACGGCCUUCGGGGGAGAAGAAGCCUGCAGAGCCCAAAGCCAUGCCAGACCUCAGUGGGUAUCAGAUCCGGGUGUGAGGCACAUGCCAGCACCCCCAGAUCUCCUCUGCUUCUGGAGGCUCAGACCCACCUGCGUGGAACCACCUAUUUCAUUCAGACAUGGGCUGGUGAUGGGGCGGGCUUGGGAUGGGAGACAAGAAGGAUGCCUUGCUGUUCAGCCCCAAGCGACUUCCUCUCCCAUGAAGCCAGGCCCCUAACUGUGGGCCAAGAAGCAGUUAAGUAUUUUAUUUGGAGUUUUAGCUCUACAACUGAAGUAUAAGGUAUUUGAAGGGAAAGACAAAUGGAUAUGUUGGUAGUUGUCAGGGUCCUCUCUCUCUCUCUCCUCUCUCUCUCUUUCUCUCUCUCUCUCUCUCUCUCUCUCUCUCUCUCUCUCUCUCUCUCUCUCUCUCUCUCUCUCUCUCUCUCUCUCUGAGCACUGUGUGGCUUGGGGAGGAGGGAUGCCCGCUUCUGUGGUGCUCCUUCUUCUCUCAACAGUGAUCAGGGUUUGUGAGGGGUGGGGUGGUGUAGAAAUGGAAGUGUUUUCUCCAGCUAGGCCUGUCCUGGCAGAAUCAUGACCCAGGGAAAGGGAAGCAGGGUAGGAGUUCUCCUGAGAAAGGUCUAUUUAUUUUUCAAAUCAGGAACUUGGCAGAAGCCACAUCUGCCUAAGGUGGAAAGCCUAUGGCCCAAGAAGCCCUUUAGACAGCACUGUGCACUCCUCCCAGCAUCCCCCCACAUCUUCACCAUGGCCAGGUUGGAAUUAGGCUAUAGGAGAACCAGGAGAGGACCGUAGUGGGAAGAGUCCUGGCCCUUAGCACAUCUGGUUCUGUCUAGUCUUGACUAUUGCCACAGGCCAGGGGCUCCCUGCAGAAGAGCUGGACUUUGUAGAGAGCCCAGACUUGUACUGGGGACACCAUGACCUUAAGAAACUUGGCUGGGCAUGGGGUAGUUGUGUGGGAGUAGGCUCUUCUCACCCUGUCCAAUAAUCUCAGCACUUGCUGGAGAAACAAGACCAGACCAGGCUGCCUAUCCCCCCAGGGUCCCUUCCCUGCCUUAGGCUUGGAGUAGCAGCCAGUUUUAGCAGCUCCUUGGGACCUUGACAGGGGGAGCCUGGGCAAUAGGAAUGUCUGUCCCCUGGCCCUGGGGCACAUGAUCCCUGGUAGGAAAGUGAGGUGUGGAGGGGCUGUCUGGGCUGCGGAGGAGAGCCAGUCCUCGAGUUGGGAGUGUAAGUGAGAAGGGCUGAGGGAGGCAAUGAAGGAUAGGGCUGCAUGGGGACUGUGUGGGGACUGAGUUCCCUGCAGCACAGGUGGCACUCGUCAAGUUGCUGGAGGCUUCAAGUGACAGAGGGCAGCUGGAUGAAGUGACCGUUAAGGGGCUUUACUGAGAGGUGGAGUCAGCCAGGGUGGCUGCCAAUAAAAGCUGCAGAGGGCUGAGGGCGGGCUUGGAUAAGAGCCAGAGACCUAGAGACUCAAAUGCCUACAGGGCCAGCAGGUGACAAAAGAAGAGGGCUAGGUGGGGACUGUGUCCCACCGAAGAGAGCAUAUCCAUUUAAAGUGAGAUGCUGUCGUUGUACUGUCCCACAAUGCAGGCCCCUAAGUGGUGUUGGCCUUUUUUUUUUUUAAGUUCCUUUUUUUUUUUUUUUUUUAAGGCCAGGGCUCUGAAUUAAUAUAUGAAUUGUACUUUUUAAAAGUUCAAGAAAUGACCACCAUAGCUGAGAGUACCAGUCUGAAAUGUCCAGGGAAGAGAGCGUGGGCCGGUUGUGGGGAGACUGUGGGUGGAAAAUGUGAAAGUUAAAGUUUCCCAAAGGCAGCAGGGAGCACUUCCUGUGUCUUCCUCCUGGCCCCAUCCUGCAGGCAGAGGCCACGUUUGUGCUUGUUGGGUCACCAGAGCUGGUAAAGUGGGAUAGAACAGUGAAACCCCUCCUGCCCAGAAAUGGAUGGGAUGAGGAGGAGUAAGGAUGCUCUGGUGGCUGCUCAUCACACCAACAGCUCCUGGGCCCAGAGCCAGGCCCACUGGGGCCCAGCACAGGCACCAUGGGAGGCUGGCUGUUCAGUCCCUUGUCUUGCCUGGUUCCUCCUGGGGUCAGGGGGCCCCUGGAACUUUCCUAGGCAUAGCCUAGGCGACACCCCUAGCCAGACCCAUGAAAGGACGUGACAUUCUUUGAUCCACCUCAGAGUUCAGGGAGUAGGGAUAGUAGUCCCAGGAGCUCCCAUGCAAGAGGUGCAAGAUUGGACAAGAUCUUUUUUUUUGGAUCUCAGUGCAGCUGCUUAUCCUUGGGACGGCAGCCCUCUAUGUCUCUGGGACCUUCAAGGUACAACAAAAUGUGGGAGAAAGGUGUGAGGACAGCUGGAGUCAGGCGUAUUGGGAGAACAGCUCCAGGUCCCAGAGCCUUAGGACUGGAGCUCUGCGCUCCACUUCCUCUAAGGCCCAGGAAAGAAAGAAGCAGGUGGAGCCCUGACUUGUUCAGGAUAUGAAGGAGCAGCUGAUGGCCAGGGGCACACACCCCCCUGCUGCUAUUCCCUCUCCCAAGCUAAGGGCCUUUGGCCUGUGGAGAGUGUCAUAGGCUGUCAUAGGCCACAAGUGGUGCUUUUUUUUUUUUUUUUUAAGUUUUUACUCUUUCUCAUAUGUAGCAAGCCACCCUUCCCUCUGCGGCCAUUUACAUGGGCUGUGCUCUCUGGGGCUGGCCCGGCUGUCUGGUUUCCAGGGAGGCAGAGGCAGGGACUUUGAGGCCUUAGUCACCAUCCAUGACAUCACCUCAUCUCACUUCCUAUGAGAGACAGGGAGUUGGCAGAUGUCUCCAGACCUCCUGACUCAGGCCUGCCAUUCAGCUUUUCUACCCCACUCUCAGGGGCUGCUGGCUGAAGGGGGUCAAGGUGAGGUCAGAGGAGGCUGGUUUGGUGGAGGUGGUGUGGACAGAGGUUCCUUGUGCUUGGUGUUGGGUCAAGACACUGGGAAGCUGGCUUCAGAGAACCUUCCUCUCCAUCGAGCUACCUGCCAGCCCUGUCCCCUCCAUAGCCUCACAUUUCCAUGCUCCCCUGAGCUGUCGAGCUAGCCACUCAUCCAUAGUGGGCAUGGCCAAGGGGGCAGAACAGCAGCCCACUGGCACCAGACUUGAUGAUGAAGCCUAGAGACUGGGUACUGAGGAGCAGAGUCAGGAAACUGACUGUGGCUGAUGUCUAGUCCAGUCGUAUCAUGCCCUGACCCCUUUCUAGCUGGGAAGACGUCCUGGUUCAGGGGAGGUCAUCUAACGAUAACGAUAGUUGUGCAGGCUUUGCACCCUGAGGUCUGUGCCAGUGUACCCUGGCUUUCCUACCUGGAAUGAGUUCGGGCUUAACACAUGCUGUUAGUGGUGUUAAAGUGCAAGGAUGCACAGGUGGGGACCAACAAGUUAGGUGUGAAGGGCAAGGAUAUUCUCUGAAGGAGUGUAGGUGGGAGCUAAGGAUUCGCCCUGCUGGGUACCACAGCCUCCCACCAGCAUCUCCAGCCAAGUGGAGUUGCCACUGUACUAGUUGCAAGUCCUGUGCUAGGACCCUCUCCAUUUCAGUGCUUUGGGGUCCCAAGCUUCCUUGUUAAGUCUGAAAAGAAAUCUGGGUACACUUGACCCCUGGGCCAGUGAUGACGGACCGCCCAUCCCCUGUACUUUGUUGGGCACUUGUGUUGUCCCUGAUGCCAUUAUUCUGCCCCUGUAUCAGUAUUAACCCCUGCCUUUCAGUGCACAUUUUGUCUCAUUCCUUUCUCACCUUCUCCUGAACCGAAUAAAGUCUCCCAGCUCACAUCGUAUGGGCUGGCAGAAAUCACG